GGGGCGGUGCUGCCGGAAGCAGACGUGUGUUUCGGGAGGAAAGGGAAGCGAUGGCGGCGGCCAAGGCCGAGUGGGAGCCGGCGGGGCUGCUGCCCGCGGCGGGGGGCGGCCUGGACUGGGAGGCGGUGCUGGGCGAGGAGCUGAGCGAGCUGCUGGGCGCCGCGGCCCCGAAGGACGAGCCCGACGAAAAUGAUCUCUAUAACUUUCAUUUUGAUUUGGAUUUGAUGUCUUGGGACUCAGACCUUUGGAAUAUUACAGGCCAUGCUUAUACAGAUGACAAUGUGAAGACAGAACCCUUAUCACCAGCCACUUCAAACUGUUCGGUCCCUUCUCCCUCAUCUGUGGACUCUCCAGUGCAGAAUGUGCCUGAUGAUGUGGACUUCAGCUGUAGCUCCCAGAUGUCUCCCAUCUCUCUCUACAGCAAGAGCUGCAGGAGCCCUGCAUCCCCUGAAGGAGAUGGGGGGAAGAAGCCUGCUGUCAGCAUCUCUUCUCGGUCUGGAAAUAAUUCUGCAAGGAACCUAAAGAGGUGUAGUCAGACAGUGUCCAGGCCUUUGAUACAACCCAAACCCCUUUUGCCUGCUGUGCCUGAAGCUCAGGCUAACAUUGGUGUCCCAGCUAAAACCAUCAUUAUUCAGACUCUUCCCAUGCUUGUACCACUGCCAAAGAAUCAGCCAGUUGUUAACAUCCAACCAGCACCUCCUAAAGGUCAGUCAGUGGUGCUCCCCCAGCCCUCCGUGGUGCAGCUUCAGGCUUCUGGGGUGCUUCCUGCUUCCCAGCCAGUCAUUGCUGUCACUGGAGGGACCACACCACUUCAAAACCACACGGUGAAUGCAUUGCCUCCAGCUGCUGGAAAUGGCUCAACAAGUGGGAAAAUACCGGUGACUAAGCCCUUGCUUCAAGGCACCACACCAGCAAUGGGACUGGAUGUCAAUGUCUUGAGACGGCAGCAGCGCAUGAUCAAAAACCGUGAGUCGGCCUUUCAGUCACGCAAGAAGAAGAAAGAAUACAUGUUGGGACUGGAGGCGAGACUGGAGGCAGCCUUGCUGGAGAAUGAGAAACUCAAGAAAGAAAACAGCACACUGAAGAGGCAGCUGGAUGAAGUAGUGUUAGAGAACCAGAAGCUCAAAGUAUCGUCUCCAAAGAGAAGGACCCUUUGUGUGAUGGUGAUACUGGCUUUUAUAAUGCUCAAUUAUGGUCCAUUGAGUGUAUUCGAAAAGGAUCCCAGUGGAGUUGAUUCCACUGCGAGUUCUAAUCACCGGACCAGAAAUCUUCUGGAGUUCUCAGCUGGCCAGGAGUCCAGUGCAGCUCAGAAAAUACCUGAGGGCAUCAUUCCCGAGAAGAGUAACAGGUAUGAUCGUUCUGUGUCUGAUAAUAAAGCACUAAUGAUAGUCUCAGAAGAGCCACUUUUAUAUAUUUCACCACCACCACCCCCCUGUCGGCCUCUGAUCAACCGGACAGAGUCGCUGAGGCUGAAUCAUGAACUUCGAGGAUGGGUUCAUAGACAUGAAGUGGAACGAACAAGAUCUAGAAGGUUAUCAAAUAACCAGCAGCAGAAAGCACGGGUUAUGCAGAGCUCCCUGAGUGAGAAGGCAGAUUCCCAGCUGAUGGCCAUGCCUUACACAGACACCAGUCUCAGCAGGAACUCAGGGAAUGAGCUGCAAGUGUAUUAUGCCUCUCCAAGGAGCUAUCAAGACUUCUUUGAAGCGAUUCGCCGAAGGGAAGAUACUUUCUACGUGGUGUCAUUCCGCAGAGACCACCUGUUAUUGCCAGCCACCACACAUAAUAAGACCAGAAGGCCAAAGAUGUCUAUAGUGUUGCCAGCUGUAAACAUCAAUGAGAAUGUCAUCAAUGGGCAGGACUAUGAGGUGAUGAUGCAAAUUGACUGUGAAGUGAUGGACACCAGGAUCCUCCACAUCAAAAGUUCAUCUGUCCCUCCGUACCUCCGAGAGCAGCGCAGAAAUCACACCGACACCUUCUACAGCUCAUCCCCCUCCGUCCCAGAGAUGCCCCAUGCCCUGAGGGCCAUUGUCAAGUCCCCGCAGUAGCUCCUGGUUUAGCGCACGGCCAGUGCAUCCGACAUGCAGCAGGUCCUGCCACCAGACUGAGCCCUUCCCUGGCAGGGCCCUGGGGCUCCUGGCACAUCAGCACAGCAGGGGCAGUCCCCCUGAGCCCGUUCCUGUGCCUGACCCUACCCAACCACCACAUCCUGUCCAGGGAUUAUGCAGCUCAGCCCUGGGGGCCCUGUGCAGCAAUGCCUGGUGCCAGAGGUGUGGGUGAGGCACCGCUGCAGUCCUGGGGUCGGCAUCAGCAGCUGCUGCUCAGGGCUGGCGUGGGGGGGACACAGGCCAUCCCUGCUACUUAUGCAUUGUUCAAAACUGUGGGUUGUUUUUAAUUUUUGUCCCUGUUAGGCUGCCUCCUGAGGUGGGGUGCUGAACCCUGAUGUCCUGCCCAGAGACAUCACAGCAGACACCCAUGCCUGAGAUCAGGGAGAGUCCCUGCAGUGCGCGAUGGGCAGCAGCAGGAAGCAGCGUCCAGCUCCCAGCUGCAGGUGCAGGGAUUGCUGCAGCCCUACACCCCAUGCUGGCCCAGCCCUGGCCCUGCACCCCAUGAGCAUCCCUCUUCUUCCAGAAUGGCUGUGCUGGGCCUGACCAGACAGCCCCACUCCACAUCAACCUCCACAGCUGCCCAAAUGCCUGCCUGUGCAGCCUCCCUCACUGGGGAGCCCUGGGAUGCUUCCCAGGGUAGCAGUAGUGCUGUGGGGCAGCCCAGCCACUGCCACCCAGGAGGGUGAUGGGACCCUACACUUACAACUAA